UAAAAUUCCACUAAACUCUUCGGUUUCGUUCCUCUGUGCCAUAGUUACCUUUCGUCCCCCCACCCCACCACCCCUCACUCACACACCUAGCUUGCGACAACAAUCCUUAUUUAAAACGAUCUCCUUCUGGUAUAACGCACACACAACGAGCUGCCAGUUCAUUCUAUACCUCCCCAUAUCUUGACUUCGAUUUAUCCCUCGCAUCCUUUGCGAGGCCACUUACUCCGCAAUGGCCGAAUCUACCGAGAUUGACUACACCCUCAACAACCCGGAUACUUUGACGAAGUACAAAACCGCUGCCCAAAUCUCACACAAAGUCCUCGAGGCUGUUACAGGAUGGUGUGUCGAGGGCGCGAAGGUGGUCGAGAUAUGCGAGAAGGGUGAUAAGCUUCUGGAUGAGGAAGUUGCCAAGGUCUACAAGGGCAAGAAAGUCCCCAAGGGCAUUUCCCACCCAACUACCGUCUCUCCUAGCUCGUUCGUCACUCCGUAUACCCCAUUAGUGUCGGAUGCGGAGGAGGCCGCCACAACGCUGAAGGCCAAUGAGGUCGUCAAGAUUCAGCUAGGUGCGCAAAUCGACGGGUUUGGCACCAUUGUCUGCGACACAAUUGUUGUAGGCAGUGACGGAAAAGUCACUGGCCGCGAGGCAGAUUUGCUCGUGGCAACUUACUACGCGAACGAAUUGCUCCUGAGGCUUAUGGUCCCCCCGGGCCUCCUCGCAAGCGGCUCCGACGAGGAGAAAAAGCAAGCCGCAGCUGCAAAACCACCCACGCAAUCCGCCAUUUCGGGACUUUUGGAGAAAGUUGCUAAAUCGUAUGAUUGCACUUUGGUGGAGAACACGACUAGCUGGUUGUUCGAGCACAAUGAGAUCGAGGGGAAGAAGAAGAUUAUUCUUGCGCCUAGCGCGGGCAUUAAGGGGGAGGGGUCUGCAGAGGUUGGAGAGGCGUGGGGUGUCGAGGUCGGUCUUAGUCUUGGAUCUGGGAAGGUCAAGAAUUUGGAGUACAGAGCUACUCUGCACCGCCGUACCACGACUACGUAUAUCUUGAAGAGACCGAGCUCGAGGCAGACGCUCUCGGAAAUCGUUAGGAGGUUUGGAACCUUCCCGUUCAGUCUUCGCCAGCUUGAGGAUGAGAAGGCUGGGAAGGUUGGUGUUGUUGAGUGUGUUCGUGGUGGGGUUGUUCGACAAUAUGACCCUGCUGGAGAAGCUGAUGGGUCGCCAGUGUCGAGAUUAUUAACCACUGUUGUGAUUACCAAGAAUGGUUUGACGAGGGUGGCCGCUCCUCCACCCCUUGACCUGUCCAAGGUUCAGUCAGACAAGAAGAUUACUGAUGAGGAGAUUUUGAAGAUCCUCGAGCGCCCGUUGGCGCGAUCCACGGGAACGAAGAAGAACAAGAAGAAGAAGAAGAAGCCGGCCAAGAAGGCUGCUGCUGAUGAGGAGGAUGAGGAAUCCAGCGGCGAGGAGUAGAGGAAAUGGUUCUUUUAUUGUCUUUGCCUUGCUAGUCCAGAAAUAUGGACCAAGUUCACCUCUCUUGGAGCGAGUUAAUUUUGUGCUAUCCUUUUCCUGCUAAGGAGGCAGUCUGAAUCGCAAGGGAAAUGGGUUGCUUUAUCUCGCCGGUGGUUGCGGUGUGCGCCUAGCAAGAAGAGAAAUCCACCAGGCAAGGCAUCGCUGUUCUCACUUUCUUAUAUUAAGAGGGGCACCAAAGGGCAGGUUAGGUCCUUAAGACCAUGCAGGCUAUAAGAGAAUGAAAUUUACUUUACUUUGCUUGCUAUGCUAUUAUUGUUACUUCAUGCGGUUCUUCUCUAGAUGCAUACACUAUACUAUCUGCUUCCUUUUUGUCCCUCUUUACUGUUUACAUUGUUUCUCGUGACUUCUUUUGCUCUGUGGUUGGGAGCUGGAUUAGACAGCAAGAUCAGGAAAACGGGAAAAAUUCUGAUAUAUUGUGAUGAAAAGGGGUUUAUAAUAUAUUUUCCGGACAAAUACCUAGUGCAUGUACAUGUACAUGUACAUAUAGGUACAUGAACGGGUCAUACCACAAUACUC